AUGUCAGCUCCACCCGCCUACGAGCCCCUUCUCAACCCCAAUGAUCAGUCCAACCUGAACACUGCCUCUUCUGCAGCUGUGCGGGAUGCAGAGGAUAACUUGCCCGCUGACUUCAAGUACGAUACGCCAGUUGUUCAAUGUGACAUUGAUGUUCGAAAUAACUUCAUCAAGCAAGUAUACACUAUUGUUACUGCUCAGAUUGCUACUACUGCUAUUUUUGGAGCUAUCAUUGUUUUCAACCCUCCCAUCACCAUGUGGAUCCUCGAACACAUGUGGGUGUAUUAUGUCACAAUUUUUGGUUCACUAGGCUGCCUUAUUGCCUGCAUUUGGAAGCAGAACAGCUACCCUCUGAACAUGACCUUGUUGGGCGUGUUUACGCUUUGUCAGGGACUGGCAAUUGGUACUGUGUGUUCUCUCAUGGACUCAAAAGUGGUCCUUCAGGCAGUGGCAAUUACCCUGGUGCUGUUCUUCGGCCUUACUUUGUUCGCUUUCCAGACGAAGUAUGAUCUGACAUCCAUGGCUGGUAUUCUUUCUGCUUGUCUAUGGGGUCUUAUUGGCGUGGGCCUUGUUGGCAUGUUUGUGCCAUUCUCCUCGGCUGUGGAGCUCAUCUACUCGUCUAUUGGAGCUCUAGUUUUCUCCGGCUACAUUCUAGUGGACACCCAGAUGAUCAUUCGAAAGUUACAUCCUGACCAGGUGAUUCCUGCAGCAAUCAACAUUUACCUUGAUAUUCUCAAUUUGUUCUUGUACAUUUUGCGAAUUCUCAAUGAAAUUAACCGGGAUAACUAG